AUGACUCGAGAAUAUCCGCCAUACGCAUUCGGCAACCGCCUUUUGGUUGAGACUGCACUCGAUCUGGCAGACUCUGAUCCGGGUCGAAUCUACGCUGCUAUACCCAAGACCAAUAAUCUCGCAGCCGACGGAUUCCGAGAUGUCACUUUUCAGGACGUGAAGCGCAUGACCAUGUGGCUGGCAGGCUGGAUUGAAGAAGCCUGGGGCAAAUCAUCAGAUCAUGGAACGAUUGCCUAUCUGGGAGUGCCCGAUCUACGCCCUCCUCUUGUCUUCUUCGCUGCGGCGAUGAGCGGCUACAAGGCGAGUUGUUCUCGUGCACGAUAUUUAAACCCAGCAGCAACAAACGCAAGCUUAUUCGAGCAAACAAAAUGCUCAAAGAUCAUCUAUGGGGCAGAAGUCAAGCCCCUGGUUGACCAACUAUGUCAGUUAACAGGAGCAUUUGCGCUUCAGAUGCCAUCAUUGGAUGAAUUGCUCGCCACAGAGCCACGAGAGUACACAUACUCGAGGAAGAAUUUCGAGGACGCCAAGAAUGACCCGAUUCUCGUCCUGCACUCUUCUGGCUCGACGGGACUGCCAAAGCCAAUCGUCAUGACAAAUGGUACCUUUGCAGCCCUUGAUAACGAGAAGACGCUGCCGGGUGUAGAAGGACGGACGAAGCGAGACUACUCCAUCUGGGACUUUGAGGGAGGGGGCAAGUUCUUCACGCCAAUGCCCUUUUUCCAUCUAUCGGGGUUCUUGACGCUCGUCAUCAACCCAGUCUUCACGGAAGCAUCGACCCCAGUCAUCGGCCUUCCGGGUGCGCCACCCGAUAGUGCCCUGCUCAAGGAGGUCUUGAAGCAGCAGAAGAUCAGGGCGAUGUACAUCCAUCCUUCUAUGGCUGAGCAACUGCUGGCAGAGCCUGAUGGUAUCGAAUACUUCAGAGGCAUCGACUUUGUCUGUUACACUGGGAGCCCGUUCUCCCCAAGCGCUGGCCAACAGCUUGUCCAAGUGACCGACCUCGUCCCUCUCUACGGCUCGACAGAGGCUUUUCAAACUCCACAGCUAGUGCCAGAUAAGGAAGACUGGGCGUACAUGGAGUGGAACCCACACUUCAAGCACGAGAUGCAACUUGCCGAGGAUGGGCUGUACGAAAUGGUCCUGUUCGCCGACGCGUCCACGGAGAAGCGCUCAGCCCUCAACCACAACUGCCCUGGCGUGUCAGAAUGGCGCACCCGCGACCUCUUCCAGGCGCACCCGUCCAAACCGAACCUUUGGCAAUACUACGGCCGACGUGACGACGUUAUCGUCUUGUGGGACUCGCACAAGUUCAACCCGAUACAGUCAGAAUUGAUUAUCGGAGCUUGCAAAUCGCUCAGUGGCGUUCUGAUCAUCGGCAAGGGCCGGCGGCAGCUUGCGUUGAUUCUGGAGGCGAGAGCAGACUACGGUGGCGAUGACCAAGCGCUCAUUGACGAAGUGUGGCCUCUUGUGGAGCAAGUCAAUGCCAAGAAUCCGCAAAACAACCAAAUCGAUCGGUCCAAGAUACUCGUCAUUCCUCCGGCGACAUUCGUCCGUGCUGGCAAAGGCACGGUGAUCAGAAAGCUUUCGGAACAGAAGCUGCAAACGCAGAUCGACGAGCUGUACGCACAGGGCAGGAAGGCAUAAUCCAGCCGAUGUUCAACCCUCUCCCUCCCAUCACCCCCCUUUGGAGCAGAUCAUGUGACACGUAGACUUGAGUCCGGAAUGGUCAGUCACAAAGGUAACAGCAUGGUUGCCUAAGGUCUGUCCCAGAAAAGAAUCCGUCGGGCUAUAAAGUAUUAUCCAUGGCUUUUCUUCCUCUUCUUUGGAGAUCGGCUAUGUUUGCACCUUGUCAUGGGCAAAGAGACUAACAAAGCCCAGAGAAACGUCUUUAUCAUUUCAUCUCGUUCUUUCGUUCCUAGUAUGUAUAGAAACAUUACUAUGAAAAACUUGAAUUGCCACCG